UGUUACAGAUGAUAAGAAUUGAUAAGCCAAAUUUGCCCUCGAUUGAUAGACUAAACCAGACCACAACCUCUCAAUACAGAAGUGCGAGUUUAUACGAUCCUACUCCUAAAUUCGGGAUCUGAGGGAAGAUUGGCUUGAGAAGGACUUCAAAUUUCACAAGUCAGUUCAGGCCUCGACUUGUUUCUGCAAAGCGGUCUCCACGUAAACACUCAAAUAUACCCUUGAGGUCUUCUAAACGGGUAUUCAUCACUCCAAAACUACUUAAGAAUCAUAACAUUUCAAUGGUGGUGCAGAACCUAGAGUAUCGGGUAAAAGUUCUCCGGUCUAAAAAAAAAAUAUGUACAUCGAUGGGCAAGCGGGUCAAGAUGACACCUGAGAUGGAAAAACUGAGCAUUCGAGAGAGUUUUCCGUAUAAAGUCCUGAUUAAGAGAGAUAAGUUAGCAGCCAAAGUCAUCCAAAGGUGGUGGAGGGAGAGGAAAGUGACUAGACAGGUCGUUCAGAGACUGAGACAAAGGUAUAAAGUGAAAUGAGCGAUUUUGGUGCAGAGGGUGUGGAGAGGGUAUAUUUGAAGAAAAAGGCUAAAUGAGAUUAAGGAGGCACAAUUAAAACAAGGAAGAUCGGUGUUAGGAAAUGUGUUUUCUAAAUUUGUACUCAAAUUUGGAAUGAAGAAAAUUACAAAUAUUAAAAAGAUAGAUAUCCUUCUUGGAGAGCUCGACGAUCAUCUCAAAAAAUAUGACGAAAAAGUAGACCCAGAAAUCCCGAAAAAUGCCGAAAAUUCACCAAAACCCGACUCAAAACCUGACCAGCCCACAAACCCAAAACCCACAAAAACCUCCAAAACUCAAAAACGUAAGUCUAUCUGGGGCUCAAAGGUCAGGCCCUUAAAGAAGAAACCAAUCAAGCGGAAGCCCCUAUACCCUAGCAGCAAGCGAUCAACUAAGAGAGUCAGUGGAAGAUAGAAGGAUUUUUUGAGAUUUUAAAGCAAAUUUCAAGCA